UCCCAGUCUGUCCAUCAGAAGGCUCCCCUGAUGAAGACUCUGCUGCUGGCUGGUCCUGGGGGCGUAGGGAAGAGGAUGCUGGUCCAUGCUCUGUGCACUGAGACCGGGGCCAACCUCUUCAACCUGUCCCCCAGAAACCUGGCUGGGAAGUACCCUGGCAGGAGCUGCCUCCAGUACCUACUGCACAUGGUCUUCAAGGUGGGCACCACACUGGGCACAUCAAUUUUACCAUUGCAUUCAAGUCACUAUACGUUUUAGACACUUGCAUUUUUUAUUUUUUUUAUCUGCUACAAUGAAGACAGGAGUGAUUGACAGAAUGCAUAAAAAUGGGCACAUGUAGGAGGGGAGAGGUCAUUGUCUGGUUUGAUUCAGAUAGUAUAUGCACACAUACUGUAUGCCCCACAAAAACCAUUUGGCUGUGUACAUGAUUCAUUAUCUGUGUUGUGAAUGAAAUGCCUGCGGUUGUAGUCAGGAAUAAGCUGCAAUAUGAGCUUGAUGUCGCUAUAUGUUGCUAUGUCAGCUUGAUGUUGCUAUGUGUUGCUAUGUCAGCUUGAUGUUGCUAUGUCAGCUUGAUGUUGCUAUGUGUUUCUAUGUCAGCGUGAUGUUGCUAUGUGUUUCUAUGUCAGCUUGAUGUUGCUCUGUGUUGCUAUGUCAGCUUGAUGUUCCUAUGUGUUUCUAUGUCAGCUUGAUGUUGUUAUGUGUUGCUAUGUCAGCUUGAUGUUGCUAAGUGUUGCUAUGUCAGCUUGAUGUUGCUAUGUGUUUCUAUGUCAGCUUGAUGUUGCUAUGUGUUGCUAUGUGAGCUUGAUGUUGCUAUGUCAGCUUGAUGUUGCUAUGUGUUGCAAUGUCAGCUUGAUGUUGCUUUGUGUUGCUAUGUCAGCUUGAUUUUGCUCUGUGUUUCUAUGUCAGCUUGAUUUUGCUCUGUGUUUCUAUGUCAGCUUGAUGUUGCUAUGUGUUGCUAUGUCAGCUUGAUUUUGCUCUGUGUUGCUAUGUCAGCUUGAUGUUGCUAUGUGUUGCUAUGUCAGCUUGAUGUUGCUAUGUCAGCUUGAUGUUGCUAUGUGUUGCUAUGUCACCCAGAUGAUCAACACAGUUGUCUAUCGGUCAACACAGUUUUUGUUCACGGUUACACUGUGACAUUCUGCACCACUGACUCAUCUGAGACAUGGGGGGGGAGAGACAUGGGGGGAGAGAGAGAGACAUGGGGGGAGAGAGAGAUUUGUCUUGCUUGGACACCUCUCUAUGCAGCUGUCUUGAGAGGCAAACAAACCAGGAGCCCAUAGCCACAUUGUUCUGAAUCUGGCCUGUCAGCACCUAGGUCGGCACCCUCUCUAAGUGCAUGUUGAGAUCAGGAGCGUGUCCUGACAGCACUUCCUGCUUGCUGAGGCAGUGUUGGUUUCUAAAAGGCUUGUAACAUUUGGGUUUGACUGCCUCCCUCACCCCAAGUUGUUUUUGCCAAUGCCAGCCAUGGAAACACUGCAAGUCCACAAUGCAGUAUCUCCAAAGGCCUGUAUGUGUCAUAACUAACGACUUACUAACUCCUCUUCCUCCCCUUUGGGACAAAAGGCAAUAAUGAGCUCUUUCCACCGCUUUCUGUCCUUGGCCACGUGUUGUGCCUCGUCACACGAGAUGUUCAUCUUGGCCAGCUCGUCCGUCACCGUUCUGCGCCAGGUAGUUUUAGGCCUCACAGGUCUUCUUCUCCCUGGUAGAGUCCACCUUUUUGGGAUGCCAUCUUGUUCCUUCUGGAGAACAUGGCCAAGCCAACACAUUCGUCUGAUCUUGAUUUGAUGGGUGAUGCUCUGGCUUUUGGACUUCCUUUAGAGUUUGUGCUUGGUGAUGUUAUUUGGCCUGAAAAUGCAGCAAAUUCUUCAGGGGAAUCCAUUAUGGAAUGCCUCAAUCUUCUUCAUGUCCGCUUUGAUGACCCGCCUGCAUUCAGACCAAUACAACAGGAUGGACUUUACAUUGCUGAAUAACAGAGAACAUUUUUUAUGUACUCUUUGGUCACACUUUAUUUGGAUAGUCCAUCUGUAGAUGCUCUACAAACUAUCUGUUGAUAAGCAACUGACUAUCUGUUGAUAAGCAACUGCUUGCUAAGGUUACGUUAGGAUUAGGGUAAGGCUUAGAAUAAGGAUUAGGGUAAGGUUUAUAAUAAGGGUUGGGGUAAGGGCUAAGUUUAGGGUUAGGAUAAGGGUUAUGGUUAGGGCUAGGGUAAGGAGAUACUCUGUAGUUUAAAUGUUACUGAUAGUCUAGUUAAUGUACGAUUUGUGUGUGGGUGUUAUUUUGUUUGUGUGUCUGUGUGAGACUGUUACUGAUGUUUCUGCUGGUUAGACUGUUUGUUUUGUUGAGGUUACUAAUUUGCCCGUAUGUGAGAGAGUUGUCAGGGGGAGAGUUGUUUGUACAUUGGCGUUAAUGUGCGUGGGUGAAAUAAUAGAUGUGACGGUUGCUUCUCUGUGUUGCUUUGUUUUGCUGUGGCAGGUGGCUCGCCAGCUGCAGCCCUCUGUAAUAUGGAUCGGAGAUGCAGAGAAAACCUUUUAUAAGAAAGUCCCAAAGCCGGAGAAAGAGGUACAUUUUCUACACAACAGCAGCAUAUCUCAAUACCAGUGUUCAUUUUGUCAACAAAAAUGGUGAAUGAAAUAUUCGGCAAACACAUAUUUUUCAGUGGCAAUUGACGAGACUAUAACUGACUAAAUAGAACCAGAAAAAAAUGUUUUUUAAUUGUAGUUGACUAAAACGAGACGAGACGAAAUUAUCUCUGUGACUAAAAUCUGGUGGACUGAACAAUAGUUUUUUUGGAGAGAUUGAGAGCUUUUCAGUGAGAAGCACAAUUAAUAUUAGCAGAACAGAUGCACAGUGCAGUUGUGUUCAGCAGUGGGAAGGACGCACCACACCCGGCACACACAGUCUAGCCUACAUCAGCUGCUGAGCUGCGGGGGAGCAAGCGAUGUGUGUGGGCAGACAGGCUCCACUCCGGCUCCGCCUCCGAUUAUACACAUCGCGCAGGCGACUCUGUUGCUUCCUCGUAGCUAGCAAGUCACCACAAGCCUUCUAGUUAGAUACCCUUUGCCUGGUUAAGAAACACAAGAUGCUUUACAAAAUGAAAAACAAUAGCAGCAUUAAGUUUAAUAGUAAAACAACAGUCUAGCUAUGUUUUUCUCUCCCUUGAGUAUAGAAACGUUUUUGAAUUUGUAGCCUCGCUCAACCCUCACACUUUCCCCACUGCGUUUCAUAGCCAGGUUCUGUAGCCAACGUGCUAGCCAAGUCUCCCUCUUUUCCUCCGAGAAAACGGCUCUAUUCUAGCCAUUACCUUUCAAAGGAUAUGACUCAUAUUACCAGCGCUACGUUUCUUUCCUUUCUAUCAUGCAUUGGCAGGCCGUUCUAAAACUAGGCUACUUGCGGACUCGAUUGGGACUCGAGGUUAAGUGAAUCGACUACGUCACUGGGUGAAACAGUCAUUAGCUCCCAUUCAAAGUCAUUAGUCCUCGUACUACUUCUGGACAUCAAUGCCUGUGGAAUGUUGAUAACAAUGACAUCACAGAGUGACAACACAUACUACUUUACCAAUACUUUACAGCACUAUCUGGUGAUUGUGCUUCUCUCUCUCUCUCCCUCUGAGCUUGUGUGUGCCUGAAAUGGAAGGGGUCUGAAUACUUUCCGAAUGCACUGUAUGUAAUAUCUAUGUAGGCUGAAUUAAGAAUUUACAUGGCCAGAUAAUUGUUAUAUAUUCUUAUAUUUAUGUUGGUAGGACAAGGCUAUGUCUGUUUAGUCACAUGGAAGUCAGUGAUUUAUGUUUACUAUAGGUUAAUGUGGCAAUACAAAUGUGAUGUGAUAAAAUGAAAGGGCAUUUAGUUGACUAAAAUGGCCCACUGUUUUUGUCAUUUUGACAAUAACUAGACUAAAUCAUUAUUCAAAUGACAGAAAUUUGACUAAGACUUAAUUAGAUUUUAGUCAAAAUGACUAAGACUAGACUAAAUCUAAAAAACUGUGCCAAAAUUAACACUGCUCAAUACCAGCCCUCGGCACACUACACUGCACAUUUACAAACAGUGUAAUCAAGGGACUUGUUUUGACAAAAAUGUUUACAUAGCAGAUUGUCAGGUAACCUUCUACAUUAUUUUAUUGUUUGUGAAUUAACUAAAGUGGGACCCACAUCCAUUGUUGGGUAACAUGGGUUAUAUGAGUUGACAGCUGUGAGCAAUUGAAAAUGUACAAAUGAGUUAGUUUAUGCUGCCCUCAUGUGGCAAGUCAUAACUCUCAACCCCCCCCCCCCCCCCCCCCUCCUCUCUCUCUCUCUCUCCCAUUCCUCCCUCUCUCUCUCUCUCUCUCUCUCCCUCUCCUCCUCCACUCCUCACCCCUCUCUCUCUCUCUCUCUCUCUCUCCCCACUCCUCCCUCUCUCUCUCUCCCACUCCUCCCCCUCUCUCUCUCUCUCUCUCUCUCCUCUUCCUCUCCACUUCCUUUUCAUCUCUCCCGCUCAAUUUCAAUUGAAUUUAAGGGCUUUAUUGGCAUGGGAAACAUAUGUUUACAUUGCCAAAGCAAGUGAAAUAGAUAAUAAACAAAGGUGAAAUAAACAAUACAAAAAAAAAUAACAGUAAACAUCACACUCACAAAAGUUCCAAAAGAAUAAAGACAUUUCAAAUGUCAUAUUAUGUAUAUAUACAGUGUUGUAACGAUGUCCAAAUAGUUAAAGUACAAAAGGGAAAAUAAAUAAACAUAAUUAUGGGUUGUAUUUAAAAUGGUGUUUGUUCUUCACUGGUUGCCCUUUUCUUGUGGCAACAGGUCACACAUCAUCUCUCUCUCUCUCUCCUCUCUCUCUCUCUCUCUCUCUCUGUCCUCUCUCCCUCUCUAGAUGGAGCCUAAGCGUCUGAAGAAGGACCUAGUAAAGGUGUUGAAGUCCAUAAAGCCUGAGGAUCGUGUUCUGGUCGUAGGGACGUCCCGGAGGCCCUUUGACGCAGACCUCAAGCCCUUCUGUAAAGUCUAUAGGAAGAUCAUCCUCAUCCCCAGACCUGACUACGCCUCCAGACUGGGUGGGUUGUCUAUAGUGGUUUAUAGUGGUCUAUAGUGGCUUAUAGUGGCCUAUAUUGGUUUAUAGUGGUCUAUAGCAGUCUAUAGUGGCCUAUAGUGGUUUAUAGUGGUUUAUAGUAGUCUAUAGUGGUCUAUAUUGGUUUAUAGUGGCCUAUAGUGGUUUAUAGUGGUCUAUAGUGGUCUAUAGUGGUUUAUAGUGGUUUAUAGUAGUCUAUAGUGGUCUAUAGCUGGGCCAACCUGAUGGCUAUGGCCAAACAGAAUCUGUGGCGGUUUCAUUCCCUGAAGCCACCUAGAAAUUGAUAUGAAAAAUACUGGUGGAAUGAAUUCAUAUGAUAGGCCUACCAGUAAACAUGCAUCUUUUCAAAUCGUUUUUUUCUCUUUCAUCCACAUAAAUCCAUUCAUUUUGUAUUCAUUGCCCACUUCUGGUUUGAACACGAACCUUUCUAUCCCUGUCUGUGCUGUGUCCUCCAGUGCUGUGGAGGGAGCUGCUGCGUGGCGGUGGUGCUCACCUCCCCCCCAGCCUGGACCUGAGCUCCCUGGCCAAGGUGACAGAUGGCUACACCCAGGGCCACAUCCUGCAGGCUGUGAGGCUGGUUCUGACCCCUCGCAGGCUGGCCCAGCAGACUACCAGAUCACUGACCGCUGCAGAGUUCAUACCUCCACUGGCCAGACAGGACCCUGUCUACAAGGAGGAGGAGGAGGCAUUUAAGGUGUAGUAGAAUCAAUCAAUUAAUGAAUCAAUUAAUCACCUUUGAUUUGUAUAAAGCUUUUUUACAUAUGCUUAUCACCAAAGUGAUAGCAACCCGAACGAGCCUUAACUCCCACAGAAAUUAGAGGUGACAAUUGGCAAGCUCCCUAUGUAGGAGGAAGGAAGUGUUUAUUUUGCCGUUAUAACAGUGCAAAUGGUACUCUGUAGCUCAGUUGGUAGAGCAUGGCGCUUGCAAUGUCAGGAUAGUGGGUUUGAUUCCCGGGACCACCCAUAUGUAAAAAUAAAAUAAAAAUACAGGCAUGACUGUAAGUGGCUUUGGUUAAAUGUGUCUGCUAUUUGGCAUAUUAUUAUAUAUAAAAAUAAAUUUUGCCUCUGGUGUGCGGAUUGGUCAACAUCUAUUCUCAUCAGAUAUGAAUUCAGUAUAUAAUCAGAAUUCAGUACUAUCCAAUGAACUCCAUAUAUAAAUUUGAGUCAUGCUCCAACAAUCACCACAUGGGGGCGCUGUGUUCCUACAGUUAGGAAGGGAAUGCCACUGUAUAACAGGCUUCAUUUUCUCCAACUGUUGAUUGAUGUGUGUGAAUGUGUUGCCAGAUGUGGUACGGCAAGACACCGUUGGGUAAGAAGAGGGCACGGGCGGCCAAGGCCAUCGAGGAGGAGGGAGAGUCGGGCAAGGACAAAGACAAGCGGGGCAGUGGGAAGAAGAGAGGGAAAGAAGGGAAAAGCAAGAAGAAGAAAAAUAAGUAA